UGGUCCCAGCACAGUUUUCGGGUCGAGCAGUAAGCUGGCCAACGUGGAGCAGUGGAGGUGUGUGACCAUCCUGAGGAACCACACUGGAGACGUGAUGGACGUGGCUUGGUCUCCUCACGACGUUUGGCUGGCUUCCUGCAGCGUCGACAACACCAUCGUCAUCUGGAACGCCCGCAAAUUUCCAGAGAUGGUGACGUGUCUUCGGGGACACACUGGGCUGGUUAAAGGUCUGACGUGGGACCCGGUGGGGAAGUACAUCGCCUCCCAGGCCGACGACCACAGCCUCAAAGUGUGGAGGACGGUGGACUGGCAGAUGGAGGCCAACAUCACCAAACCCUUCAAUGAGUGUGGAGGGACGACUCAUGUCCUGCGUCUGUCCUGGUCUCCGGACGGUCAGUACCUGGUGUCGGCCCACGCCAUGAACAACUCCGGCCCCACCGCUCAGAUCGUGGAGAGAGACGGCUGGAAGACCAACAUGGACUUUGUGGGCCACCGUAAAGCCGUGACCGUAGUGAAAUUCAACCCAAAGAUUUUUAAGAAGAAGCAGAAGAACGGCAGCUCUCCAAAGCCCAGCUGUCCGUACUGCUGCUGCGCCGUCGGCAGCAAAGACCGGUCGCUCUCCGUCUGGCUGACCUCUCUGAAGCGCCCCCUGGUGGUCAUCCAUGAUCUGUUUGAUAAAUCAAUUAUGGACAUUUCCUGGACUCUGACAGGUCUGGGGAUGUUGGUGUGUUCAAUGGACGGUACCGUGGCGUACCUGGACUUCUCAUUGGAUGAACUGGGAGACCCGCUGAGUGAGGAGGAGAAGAACACCAUCCAUCAGAACAUCUACGGUAAGAGUCUGGCCAUCACCAGCACCGAGGCUCAGCUCUCCACCACCAUCAUCGAGAACCCAGAGAUGCUCAAGUACCAGCAGGAGAGGCAGACCUCCGCUCAGACACAUUCAGGACCAGCUGGUGUCGGACCUGAAGCCUCCACACCCAAACUGAACAGCGUGAUGAACGGAGAGUCUCUGGAGGACAUCAGGAAGAACCUCCUGAAGAAGCAGGUGGAGACGAGAACGGCCGACGGCAGAAGACGAAUCACACCGCUGUGCAUCGCUCAGCUGGACACAGGGGAUUUCUCUCCAGCUCUGUUUAACAGCGCUCCCAUCCUGCCGUCUGGGUCGUCCAUGUCCAACCAGCUCACCUCCCAGCUCAGCUCUGACUCCAGCCCAGGACAGGCCUCCUCUCUGGGGCUACGGCCCAGCCACGACUCCAUGCUCAACUUACCUCCACCCAACAGCACCAGCAAGGGUCUGGAGGACAACAAGGACGGUGUGAAGUCCAGUCUGCUGCUCACUUCUGCCUCCAAGAUAGAGCCCAUGAAAGCUCUGGACUCCCGCUUCACAGAGAGGUCAAAGGCCACGCCGGGUGUCACUGCCGCCAUCACCUCCACCACAGGACUCUCCCCUCUGGACAGGACGAAAGACGGCAUCUCCGCCCUGAAAGACAUCAAAUCCAAAGAAGACACCAGCAGCGACAGCGAGGACAAGAUGGCCACCAUCAACAAGAAUCUGGCGUUCACCAAGAGGAAAACGGACAUGCUGAUGGACGGAGGAGAGGUGGUGGAGAAGAGGAAAAAGGGACGGCCCAGGAAAGACAAGAUGGCCACUACGGUCUCCCAGCCCUUCACUCAGAUUACUCCUCCAGCAGAGCAGGGGCCCAGCAGGGUGGCAGCUCCUGCUCCUCCCGUCGCUGCUCUCAAACUUCCAACGCCGAGCAUCCAGAAGUCCUUCAGCCUGCAGGUGAGCAUGGAGCCCUCAGUGUUCCUGGAGGUGGAGAACGAGGUGUCGGUGGUCUCGGGUUCGAAGCUCAGCCAGCUGCGAUGCUCCAGAGACGGAAGAGACUGGAACACACUGCUGCCCAGCUCAGUGGUCACUGCUGCAGGGAGCAGUGACGUCAUCGCCGUGGCCUGUCAGGACAGGAUGUUGUCGGUGUUCUCUUCCUGCGGCCGGCGGCUCCUUCCUGCCAUCCAGCUGGCCACGCCGGCCUCAGCGCUGCACUGCUCCGCCCACUUCGUCAUGGCGCUGACGGCCGGAGCCACGCUGUUCGUCUGGGACGUUCAGAAGCAGAAAGCUCUGGUGAAGAACGAGUCUCUGCAAACCAUUUUAACUGGUGCUGACAUCACAGUGUCUCACUCCAUGCUGACCCAGCAGGGAGUCCCCGUCAUCGGUCUGUCCAACGGGAAGUCGUACUGCUUCAGCUCGUCACUGGAGACGUGGACUCUGAUAGCAGAUAAAGGAGACUCUCUGGUCCAGUGUGCUGACUUCAGGAGCUGCCUUCCUACCCAAGAUGCACCUGUGUCUUCUGGGCCGCUGGCCGUCAUGCAGGGACGCAACCUCAACGCUGGGCGGCUGGCGUCGCGGCUCUCCUCCACCCCUCACCACCUGCAGCAGAGCAUGACGCUGGCCUUCCUGGAGAACCAGCUGGCGUCUGCUCUCACCCUGCAGUCAGCGCAGGAGUAUCGAUACUGGAUGCUCAUCUACGCCCGGUUCCUCGUCAACGAAGGUUCAGAGUAUCGUCUCAGAGAGUUGUGUAAGGAGCUGCUCGGUCCUGUUCAUAAAUCAGCUGCUACAGCCUGGGACCCCACCACUCUGGGUUUGCGUAAGCGGGAGUUACUGCGGGAGGUUUUACCCGUCAUCGGAGAAAACCUGCGAUUCCAGAGACUGUUCACGGAAUACCAGGAUCAGCUGGAGCUGCUGCGCAACAAAUAACACACACACACAUACUGCCACACACACACACACA